GUGCAUACCUCACCAAACAUCCAUAGAGCAUAAAUUAAAAUUGUCAGACUAAACACGAAAAAUGUACGUCUGCAAUGCUUUUUUCGCGCUAAAUCGAUAUUAAAAUAGUUGGACAGUGUUUAAAUAAUCAAAGCAGGAGUGUAUAAAUUAUGUCUUCUCAACUAGUUGAUGAAAUCGCUGAUAUUGCAAUGAAUAACACAGAAGCAGACUCGUCACAAACACAUUCGCAUGAAGCAACUUCAAGCACAAAUGCCGAAGAUGCAUCGUCCAGCAAUACUGCAAACCCCACCGGGACUGAGGGACAAGCAUCCCGCCAAUCCAACCUACAGCGUAUACAACAACGCAAACAACAAGUGUACAACUGGCCGCAUAAUAAAAAACUUUUAAAAUUGGCAAUUUAUUCAGCAUGUCAGACACCCGACUGCAAUUGCAAUGGAUGGAAAACACCCAUGCCUCAACAACCUGGCAAGAACAACCCACGUGCCGAUAACCAACCGUUAGCUGGCUUCAAUGAUCCAUGCAGAAACUGCAGUCAUAUACUUGAGAAACAUGUGACACAGUUGCAAGGACUGCAAGUGACUGAGAUCAAUCGUCUGCUCGGAGCAGUGGUUGAUGUGGAGAACAUAUUCAUGUCCAUGCACAGGGAAGAGGAUCACAACACUAAACAAGUUUAUUACUAUCUAUUUAAGAUACUUCGCAAAUGCAUCCUGACUCGAUCUCAGCCACGUAUCGAAGGCCCUCUUGGUCAGCCGCCAUUCGAAAGGCCCUCCAUAGCCAAGGCCAUCACAAACUUCGUGCUGUACAAGUUUAAUUCAUUGCCACAAAGGGAGUGGCAAACCAUGUACGACUUGGCUAAGAUGUUCUUGCACUGUUUCAACCAUUGGAACUUUGAGACGCCCAGUGUUAGGAAAUUGCAAGUGUCAAAUCCAGAAGAUAUUUCGGCAUACCAAAUUAAUUAUACAAGAUGGCUGGUGUUCUGCCACGUGCCGGCGUUCUGCGACUCGUUACCUCACUACGAGACGUCGUUGGUGUUCGGCCGCACGCUGCUACGCGCAGUGUUCAAGUCAGUCUGCAGGCAACUCAUGGAUAAAUGCCAUUCGGAGCGGGACCGCAUGCCGCCUGAGAAACGGGUGUUAGUUCUAACCCACUUCCCUCGGUUCCUGGCGCUGUUGGAAGAGGAGAUAUUCAGCGUGAACUCUCCCAUCUGGGACCCGGACUUCAAGCAGAUCCCGCCGAACCACCUGCAGCAGAUACUAGACAAUAAAACAACUAACAGGCGUGGCGGUGAGUUUGAACGCGUUACUACUACUGGCGAUAGUAAAGACGGUUUCACUACGGUGACGCUCUCAUCAGCAGGUACGAUCAAGCAGGAGGGCGGCAAGCGUGCGGCGGAGCUGUCGGUGGGCGCGUGCGCGGCGGGUGCGGGCGCGGCGGCGGGCGCGGCGGGCGCGUGCGCGGCGAGCGCCAGCAAGCGGCGGCGCGCGCGCUCGGCCGACACGGACGUGAGCGAGCGCGCCGUGGCCGAGAUCGUGGCCACCGUGUGCGACCCCGCCUACAUGUGCGGGCCCGACGCCCUGUUCCAGAUGCAAGCGCCGCGCGACGAGGCGGCCAAGUUAGAGGAACAACGCAAGCUCAUAGAGUUCCACGUUAUCGGCAACUCUUUAACAGGGCCGGUUAAUAAGCAAACCAUGCUCUGGCUUAUAGGUCUACACAAUGUGUUUUCACAUCAGUUACCGGAAAUGACAAAAGAAUACAUAUCACAGCUCGUGUUCGAUCCUAAACAUAAAACACUGGCGCUCAUCAAGGAAGGCAGGCCGAUUGGGGGCAUAUGUUUUAGAACAUUCAAUUCUCAGGGUUUCAGCGAGAUAGUGUUCUGUGCUGUAACGUCCAACGAGCAGGUGAAGGGCUACGGCACGCAUCUCAUGAACCAUCUCAAGGACUACCACAUCCGCAACAACAUACUGCACUUCCUCACAUUCGCUGACGAGUUCGCUAUAGGUUACUUCAAGAAGCAAGGGUUCAGCAAGGACAUCAAGCUGCCGCGCGCCAUGUACCAGGGCUACAUCAAGGACUACGAGGGCGCCACGCUCAUGCACUGCGAACUCAACCCGCGCAUCGUCUACACGCAGUUCACCGCCGUCAUACGCACGCAGAAGGAAAUUGUAAAGAAAUUGAUCGACAUGCGGCAAAAAGAAGUGAGGAAAAUAUAUCCAGGCCUGACGUGCUUUAAAGAAGGGGUUCGCAGCAUCCCCGUGGAGUGUAUCCCGGGGCUCCGGGAAACGGGAUGGCGCGCGGGCGCGGGUCCCGGAAUCGGUGCGGGACCCGGCGCACGCGCCGCCGACGACGAGCCAGACCUCGCCGCGCUUAGAACUGUGCUGCACACCGUGAAAAAUCACGCGGCGGCGUGGCCUUUCCUGAAGCCUGUGGACAAAACCGACGUGCCCGACUAUUACGACCACAUCAAAUAUCCCAUGGAUCUCCGCACGAUGGGCGAGCGUCUCAAGUCGCGUUACUACGUGUCGAAGCGGCUGUUCAUAGCGGACAUGACCAGGAUAUUCACGAACUGUCGCCUCUACAAUUCCCCAGAUACAGAUUAUUACAGAUGUGCAAACACACUAGAGAAGUAUUUCCAGACAAAGAUGAAAGAGGUGGGUCUGUGGGACAAAUGAUUGGGGUUCAAUUUCGACGCGUUCUUCGUACGCGAACUCGUCGCCCCGCAGCCUCCCCGCGACGACGCCGAGUAAGUCAGAAAUGUAAUGUAAUAUGUUCAAGGUCUGUGAGGUCUUGUAAUGCCAGUUUUCUAUAAACAUGGAAUUAAAUCAACGGUAAAAAUCAACAAGGUAAUUGGUUAGUUUUCCUAUCGAUCUGAAUGUAGUUGUGUCGCGUGUAAGCGAGUUCUAGGAUAGAGUAACCGCCAUUUUCGAUCCCAAUUGCUUUUUUUAUCUAUCUCAAAAAUGGACCAAUCAGAACAAAGUUAUUUUGACAUGUUUACAAAUGACUUUUGAUUGGUUCGUUCUAGGAAUCGGAUUGAAGAUUGAGAUUGGGAUCGUUUAUUGAAAACAGCUGUAAAUGUUCGUCUAUAUUUUCAUAGAUUACUUACAUAGAUGUAAGCAAACACUGCAGAUCUUUGGUAUACCUAUUUGCAGGAAUCUGUGUUGUUGCUUGCAAUUUAAAUGACCUUUUAAAUGUAUCGCAGAAAAUCGUACGUGAAUUCAUUAAGAGACAAUACAUCAGUGUGUAAAUUGUUCCUAAAUAAUGGAUAAUUUCUAUCGAAAAACGACAGUUUUCUAAAAACGAUUCUAAUUUUAAUCUUCGAUUGAACCCCGAGAACAGACCAAACAAACUCUGUCAUUUCUGAGAGUACUUUAUUCUAUAGGCCAUUUUUUAUUGAUUAAAAGAUAUAUUGGGAUCGUUUAUUGAAUCACACCUUUGAAAUUAUAUAGAUGUCAUCAUAAAAGUAGUAGUGGUUUCAAGGUCAGCAAACAUUCAAAAUUUUCACUGAAACUAAAGAUUUUCUCUAGUUUUCUUGAGCUGCACAAUUAACAUAAAAUAAAACCAUUAUGUUAUUUGUGAAUAUUUUUAUGUCACUAAAGCUCGUCGAUGAAUUUGAUGCGAAAAAUGGUUAAUUAAUGAGUAGAAGAAAUAGAUUACUUCAAUGUGAUACAGAGCUGUGUUACGCAUUUCUGAAUGGUGUUACUGCAGUUUAUAAGCAGAUAUAAUGCUUACUCUCAGACGAGCUACUAACGCGUCUCGUCACAAUUUAUAAAUAAGGUUAUUUUGGUUUCUGCGAUUUAAAUUUAAAGACUGAUUUAUUUUUCAAGUGUUGCGGUCAUUUAUCAUUGAAAUAUGUUCUUAUUAUUCUUCUUUGAAUUACAGGCAAUAAAAUAAUGUUUUGUUGUUUGUUUCCAUAAUUACAACUAUAAUUACCUAAUGACAAUAAAAAUUAGGCUGUGUGCCCACCUUGAUAGGCAAGUAUUUGCCAAUCUGUUUUUUAUUUAUUCUUAAAAGGAUGCUUGCAAAUCGUUAUGUAUUAUUUUCUCUUAAGUAUAAACUUGUCAUUUCAGCAGGGUGAAGUGUUAAUAUAAAUCGAUUAAAAUACAGUAAAGACUCGAUUUACCAGACUUAUUCGUUCGAAUAAUCGAUAAUCCGAAUGAUUUAAUGUAUGAGAAAACCUUUAUUAUUCUAUAUAUGAAUAAUUAAUAGCUAGCUUUUGCUCGCGACUCCGCCGACAUUAACGACCAUUCCCGAGUUUGAAAAUGAGCCUUACUACUCACUACUUAGUGUAAUGUAGCUUCCUGAUAGUAAAACAAUUUUCAAAAUCGGUUAAGUAUUUUUUUUAGUUUUAUAUAGUUUCAUCACCUCGCGGGUCUCAGUUGGCAAUCUAAAUAAUCGCUAAUCUAUAUAACAACUCCGGAUAAUCGAGUCUUUAUUAUGUUAAUAUAAAAUGUAUUAAUCUUAUUGUAAUAUAGCUGUUACUCGUGAUAACUUUUUUUCUCUUAGGUAUUUUUCUACCUUAUAGGGUAAUAGACUUUUCCUAUGAAAUAUUUUUUACUUUAGAAAUAAGGGCCGUUGAAAGGAAACUAUAUUCAUUAGCAUGUGGCUGUAAACUAGAUGUUAAGAAAGUGUAAAUAUUAGCGGGAAUUAGCUAAAUUUUGUAUGCCAAUUUUUUAUUUAAGUUUUGUUUUUAGGUUCUUUGAAAAAACCUUUUAAUAAUUUGUAAGUAUCUAUAAUAAAUAAGCCACAGGGCGUUUAAAUGUUUUAUAUGAUAAAAUACAGUGUCGUUAAUGUGUGUUGGAGUGUAAAAAUAGCUGUAAUUUCCGUUGUGGUACAACAUAUUUGUAUAUCGCAUAUAAAAUACGUGUAAUCUCAAAUUCUUUGGAUGUCAUUAAAUUUUUUAUUCCAUCUAA